AAAUUUCUAAUUAACAAGUAUUUUUAAUUUCUCGUGCUUAAUGAUUGUUUUUUUAAACAAAUCGAAACCUCCCUAGUUGGAUGGUUCAUUUCCAUUGAGGCAAAGUGCAAUAAAUGAUAUCGUUGAAAAACAAUUUGGCAUGAUUUGAUUGGUAGUUGUUAAAUAUGGAUACCCAACUUCCUCAUAUCAUAAUAUUGAAUCUCUCCGAUCCCAAAUAUUAUAUUUUUCUCUUCAAAAUCCCAGUGAACACCACCCAACACAAACCUAGUUUUUCUCAGUGCUCUACUGUGGUCAACUUUGUUCUUUAUAAUAUUUAUUCUCUUCCUCGACCUCUUCCAAUUCUUCCAUGGCUUCCGAUUCCAAUUCAAAUCUUAGAAUCACCAUUGAAAGCAAUCCUCCCGAGUCACGUCUAGCUGAAUUGAAUAUCAAGUGUUGGCCCAAAUGGGGUUGCUCUCCAGGGAAGUACCAAUUAAAGUUUGAUGCUGAAGAGACGUGCUAUUUGUUGAAAGGGAAGGUGAAGGCAUACCCAAAAGGGUCAUCAGAGUUUGUGGAGUUUGGUGUUGGAGACCUAGUGACCAUCCCAAAGGGACUCCAUUGCACUUGGGAUGUUUCAGUUGCUGUGGAUAAGCACUAUAAAUUUGAAUCAACACCAUCAUCUUCUUCUUAGCAUCAAUUAGCAUUGUAUAUUGUGAUUAAUUAGUUUAAUUAGCACCAUUAUUUGUUCCAAUUCUUUCACAGUUUCAUUAUUUAGUAUUUUGUGGAAGACAAAUGGGGUUGUUUGGUUGUGCUGGGAAUUGGGGAUUUUAGUCAAAGGAAGAACCAAUCAGUCAAAGGUAUAGCUUUAAAGAGUUAGAUAUUUGAUAGGUACAGCUUUUAAUGUUUCUUUGACUCGUCCAUCUGUCCAUCAGAU